UGGACCCAUAUAAUCAAGCAAGCAGAGAUUGAAAUCGUCCGAGGAAUGACAGAACGUCAGGAAGGGAGAGCUGCCUUAUAUUAUGGGUUGUUGUGUUUAUAUAAGACAGAUUUGAAACUGUAGGGACCUUCAGGACAAUGCGGCACCUUGCUCUGUGUGAACACCUCUGCUCUGUAGAUAAGGCUUAUCUGUCUAUGUGUUGUAAUGCAGCUCUCUGCAAACACUGGAGAUUUUUAAUCCAGCACAGUAAGAGCAGCAGGAGAGAAUGGGAGAAAUUGAGGAGAGGAGCGAAAGAGGCACAGGGGAAAGUCCGGAAAGGAUGAUGCCGUACCACCGAGCUCUGCCAGCAGAACCAAAGAGCAAGCUUUACCUGGGCUGUCUGAACAAACCUCAGCUGAUCCUGAUCUCUGUGGCUGCUGGACUCGUCCCCCUGAUCAUAAUCAUUACUGUCGCAGCUGUGCUCGCCACAAAGUCAGAUUCCUCUACUGCUCUUCCCUCGUUUUCUACUGGUGGAGACAUGCUGGACUUCCUGGUUCAGUCAGGUGAUAUCAGCUCUCCUGACGGCUUGAUGGCUACCUGGUACCACAGAGCUAACAGCAAGGAGGAAAUGAACAAAGCCCUCACAAGUGAUGCUAUGAUCCUGGAGGCUGACAUCACUCUGGAGGGUUAUGGAACAGCCAAUGAGAAUCCAAUCCCCAUCAUGGCCCACCCUCCUGACAUCUAUAGUGACAACACUCUGGACCAAUGGAUGGAUGCAGUGCUGGCCUCUAGAAAAGGCAUGAAGUUGGAUUUUAAGACUCUGAGAUCAGUGGGUUUGUCAUUGGACCUGCUCAGUCAAAAGUCAAAGAACAGUAGCAGAGGGAUCAACCGGCCCGUAUGGGUGAAUGCAGACAUCCUCCUGGGUCCCAACGCACCAGCCUUCCUGCCUACAGUCAAUGGAACCAG